CUGCUGCGAUUUCUGUCCCUGUAGCAACAUAGCAACUUGGGCAGAUUUUUCAUGUGACUGGAUUCUCCAACACGUACAUCGCUCUAACAGCUGCCGUGUGACUGGGAUGAACAUUACCCAGCCCAUUAAUGUUUAAUUUAUUGUCGUCUUACGCCGGCCCGGUUAUAGUCAGAGCACCCACUGCCACAGUUACUUGCUGGCUUUCUCCCUCGCUCACACAUCUCUCCAGAACCAUGACUCACGCUGAUUUAUCCGAGGCUCGUUUUACAUAUGAUUAUGAAACGGUUCGGAACGGAGGCCUGAUCUUUGCUGUGGCUGCAUUUCUUGUGGGGAUAGCCAUCAUCCUGAGCAGAAGAUUUCGCUGUGGAGGCAAAGCUCACCAAAGACCCCAGAAGGAAGGUGAAAUCUAGAAGAUGAUACGUUCAUUGUGCAAGACAAUCGAUCCUUAACACACUUGCAAAACAUCUGUAGUAAAUGUUAUUGUGAGAAUGGUUUGUGAUGGUCAAAUUGUACAGAAAACCCUUAUCUGCACCCAUCCUAUGGUUAGAUGCGAGAACCAGCCAGUACUUUCCUGCAUCAAGGUGUUAAAAAACUUCCAUUAAUAUGUGAGAAGGUCAAUAAAUGAUAACUUAA